AUGGAGAGGCAUUCAAUUGACUCUUUCAGUCAUGAGAAGCAUAUGACCCCAACCAGCGAGUCUACCAAGCUGGAAUCUGAAGGGGGUUUCGUGGAAUAUGUCGGAUCUGGAAAGCUAAAGGACAAAAAAGUCUUGAUCACUGGUGGAGAUUCUGGAAUCGGACGGUCGGUUGCUAUUCUGAUGGCUCGCGAGGGAGCGGAUGUGACAAUCGUAUACCUUCCUGACGAGCAGGAUGAUGCCAACGUGACGAAAAAAGCAGUGGAGCAAGAAGGCAAAAAAUGCGUACUAUUCGCUGGGAAUCUAAUGGACAAUGAAAAUUGUAAAAAGGCAGUGGACGAGCACGUCAAGGCGUAUGCUUUACCCUUCCCAUCUCCCCCCACUAUAUUGAAGUAUGGAAGCUUACUCGUGAGAAACAGAUACGGCCGUGUCGAUGUGCUCGUGAACAACGCCUCGAAGCAAAUUAUGUGCAAGGAUUUUGCUCAAUUGACCUGGAUAACGUCUCAGCACCUUUCAAGCAACAUUUUACAGAUGUUUGCCAUGACAAAUUUGCUUUACACAUAUGAAGAAAGGGAGCUCGGUAUCCGGGUGAAUGCAGUAGCUCCUGGUCCUGUCCACACCCCGCUCCAACCUGCAUCUCGUCCUCCUGAACAGAUGGAAGGAUUCGGGUCGGAUGCCAUGAUUGGACGCCCAGGCCAACCCAGUGAAAUUGCUCCCACGUAUAUGGUCAAAUUUUGCACCCUUAUGCUUUGGGAGACUAGAAAGCCUGCGUUUUUAUGGAACAUUGAGAAUACGGUCAUCAACUUUUCUACUUAA